AUUGUUAUCAUUAAUACAUAAAAAAUGAGUUCAUGUGUGUGGAUUUCCAUUACAUUAACUUAAAAGUCCUUUUUAUCUAAGUUUAUGAUUAUAUUCCAUUACUCCUAUGUGUAAUCUAGAUACAGUUUGGUCCAAAAGCUCCCUGGCAUAUACAGAACAGAACUUUAAACUUUAAAAUAUAGCUCAAAAGAUUCACCACUCACCAAAUCCAACCCCUUCCUUGUCUUCAUUGCUGUGCCACUGUAUUUACCUUUAGUAAUCUAGCUGUUUGUUUUAUCUUUCUAUUUGUUUUCAGUUCCAGGAAUGCCAUUGAACUUCUUCUUGCUUCAAACUUCUCUUUCAACCACCAACACAUGGCUUCCCUUGGAGAACUAACCUCAGCAGAAAGAAGAGGCUUAAUCCACCACUCAGAGAGGCCACAACACAAACUUCCACAACAACAUGAGAAAAAACCACUCCCUUCAUACAUCUGUCAUGAUCCAAAAAGCCUUGCUUCCUCAAGAAGAGGGUCUUCUUCAUCUGAAUUCAAAAGAGCUGGUACAGCUUCAGAAAGAUCAAAUACCAAGUCAUUGGUGUCUUCUUCAGAUGCUAGAAUGGAUGAAGGUGCCAUUAGAGCAGUGAUUGCUAUCCUCAGUGGCUACAUAGGAAGAUAUGUGAAAGAUGAACAUUUCAGGAAAACAAUCAGAGAGAAGUGCUUUUCUUUCUUGGACAAAAGAAGAAGAAAGGAUUCAGGUAAUGAGAUUUUGUUGAACAUGGAAUUGGGCAUGGAGAAAGUUAAUAAAUUAGUAGAAGAUCAUGGAACAAAGAAACAACAAGUGACAAUGAUGAAGAGCUUAAGGAACUCCGUUGAGCUUUUAACUAAGGUUGCUUCAACCUGUGGUGUACAUGAUUCUCAUGUCUCUGCUUGUUCUCACCUAUACUUGGCAAUUGCUUACAAGCUGCAGAGAAAUGACAAGGUUUCCUCUAAGCAUUUACUGCAAGUGUUUUGUGAUUCUCCAAGUUUUGCAAGAACCUACCUGCUUCAUGAUUUGUGGGAGCAUUUGUUUCUUCCCCAUCUUCUCCAUCUAAAGAUUUGGUACAGCAAGGAGCUUGAGUUCCUCUCAGAUGAAGGUGAGAAGGAAAAGAAAAUGAAGGUGUUGAGCAAAGUUUACAAUGAGAAAAUGGAUAAUGGAACUUCUCAAUUUGCUUUGUACUACAAGCAAUGGCUUAAAAAUGGGACUAGUGAGGCUCCUCUUCCUGUUGUCUCCUUGCCAUCAAGGCUAAGUUACAGAUUAUCAAGAAGAAGGUCUUCAGAUUCCUUCAUUUCAAACACCUCAAUCAAUCAAAAUUUAUACAAGACAGUGUUUGGCCUCAAUCUAAGUCGGCAACCUACCGGUCUCAGUGACCGAAAUGGCGUGUUGACAACUAGCACAGGCUUUGAGAUUGAUGAAAAAUUGCAUGGAGAUGAACACAAAUGCAGUUUGGUUCAGGAAGAAGACAGGACCAGGAUAUCUUUUGGAAGAUCACCAAAACAAAUUGAUAAGAAUCAAGCUCAAUUAUGGCCAGUGUCACAGAGAUCGGACUAUUUUCAGUACUUUUCUUGCAGGUUCAUACCAACUGAAAGAUUGGCAAACAACAGCUAUAGAUCCAAGAAUUCCUCAAAUGUUCUUGCAAAUGACUUUAUUGGAGCUAUCACAACUAUAUCUUCAUCAGAUAUUCUAAGCGAAUGUGAAUUCGCGGUUCGUGUGGUCGCCAAAGCUUGGUUGAACUCUCCUGGUGAUCCUCUCAUUGUAGAAGCACUAACCCAACCCAAUGUAGUUGAAGCUAUCCUAGAGGUGUUGUUUGCCUCAACUGAAGAUGAAAUUCUGGAAUUGAUUAUAUCAAUUCUAGCAGAAUUGAUACAAAGGAAUGUUGCUAUUAGACAAAUUAUACUGAAUUCUGAUCCACAAUUAGAAAUAUUUGUGAGACUUCUUAGAAGCACUAGUCUUUUUCUAAAAGCUGCAGUUCUGCUUUAUCUGUCAAAGCCACAGGCAAAACAGAUGCUAUCAUCAGAAUUUGUGCCACUAGCACUUAGAGUGUUGGAAUUUGGAGACAAAUUGCAGACCCUCUUCACAGUACAAUGCAGUCCUCAAGUAGCAGCAUUUUACAUAUUGGACCAACUUCUUACUGGUUUUGAUGAAGAUAAGAACUUGGAGAAUGCAAGGCAAGUUCUUUCACUUGGGGGGUUGACCCUUCUCAUGAGAAGAAUUGAAGAAGGAGAGGUCCAUGAGAGAAACAAUGUUGCGUUGAUGAUUUCAUGUUGCAUUAAAGCUGAAGGAAGCUGUAGGGUUUUUUUAGCUGAAAAUAUAAAUACAACUUCAUUGCUUGAACUCAUUGUUCUUGGGAGCAAACAAAGUUCCAAUGGUUAUGCCUUGUAUGUGCUAGCUGAGUUGCUCUACUUGGAUAGAAGAAGCAAGAUAUUAAAUUUCUUAAGAAGACUCAAAGAUGGAUGGGGUGGCCUAAACACAAUGCAUAUUUUCUUCAUUUACCUUCAGAAGGCUCCACCAGAAGAAAAGCCUUUAGUUGCAGUGAUAUUGUUGAUGCUUGAUCUUAUGGAAGAUCAUUUCAAGGGAAGCUUAUAUAGAGCAGAAGCUAUUGAAACAGUAGUAUCUGCUUUAAAUUGUCAACUAUGUAAUGAUAGAGUUCAACAGCAAUCAGCCAGAGCUCUACUCUUGUUAGGAGGCCACUUUUCAUAUACAGGGGAGUCAUUAAUGGAAAAAGUGCUUUUGCAAAAAGUAGGUUUCCAAGAAACUUGCUUAGAAGAUUCAUUUCCUCCUGGCAAGGAAAUGGUUGUUUAUGAUUCAAUUCACAGGAAUAAGGAGGAAGAAGAAGCUGAACUUUGGCAAAAAAGAGCAGCAUGUGUCUUGUUUGAAAGUGGAAGCAAGAAAUUGCUAUCAGCACUUGCAGAUUCUUCAGCCAAUGGCAUCGCAUGUUUGGCGCAUGCGAGCCUUAUAACUAUUUCAUGGAUGAGCAGCUACCUCAACUUAGUUGAAGAUAGAAAUUUGCCACCAAUGGCUUUCUCAAUCUUAGCACCCCAGCUGCUACAAUCCUUGAAUUAUGAUAAUGAUGUUGAGAAAAGAGUGCUAGCUUCAUAUUCAUUGCUAUGCCUUAUUAAAAAUUCAGGAUGUGUUUCUGUCCUACCAUCAUUGAAUAAAGAUUCACUCAGACAUCUCAGAAAUCUCUCCCUAGUGACAUGGACUGCCAAUGAACUCAUUUCAAUUGUCUCAAAAAGCAGCUUGGAAUUAAGUCAAUGAUGAGCAAGUUUCAUGUUAGUUGAAUCUUAGUGUGUAUUUGAAUACCAGUUAAGUGCAACAGAUUUAUCCAAUUCUAUAAGAGUUUCAUUCACUUUUUGUCUCAAAGUGAGUGCUAACUACUAAUACCCGUUUGCAUUGGUUCAGACGGGUAACCAAACAUAGCCUCAUCUGUUUUCUGUCUUUCAUGCAAGUGUGAUUGUAAGCUAGCAUCCUUGAGUUUUGUAUAGUUAAUUUGAUUGAAAGGGAAUAUUUCUACCAAAAGAAACCUAUGAUAGUUUAUGA